AUGGCAGUGGUUGGCGGCUUCACAGCUGGCAAGCCGCUGAGAGGCAUGGGCCGCAUCGUCCUUGGCCUCUUCGCCGUCAUGCUUGUUGCCUUUGUCAUCACUGCGUACCAAGUCGGCGUUAGCACCGCCAACCCACGUCAGUCCCGUCACAUACAGCUCGCGCAGAACGCCGUGGCGAAGAGCGAGGCAAUGCUGACUGGCUGCCGCGAGGCCAAUGCGAAUUUAAAGAACAGCGGUAGUGUCAAGGGUGCACAAGCGAUCGCGGAGAUGGCACGGCAGAAAGCGGAGCUGACGAGUACUGUCGCACUGGAGCGUGAGCGUGUCGUGUCGGCGCGUAGUUUGUUGCAGGCGUGCGAGGAUGGGCUGGCAAGCGAACACCGUACACUCUUCGGCACCGCCCACCGCAACACCACGGCGCACCUCCUGUGGUUGAAACAGAGACGGGCUCAUCUGAAGUCCGAGCACGAGAAGCUCACCGAGGGUCCACUCGGUGUAGUCGAGCCGCGCCGCAGCAGCGGCAUCCGCGCACUGCAGGCGGCUCUCCUUCAAGAAAUACACCCUAGCACUGGUUUAGCUGGAAACGGUGUGGAGAACCGCAAGGCGUGCGUGGACGCUGUGGCCAAGUACUCCGUUGUGUUCGAUAUUGGCAGCACUGGCAAUCGUGUCCAUGUCUACAAGUACAGGGUGAACCCUCUCACGCAGAUCUCUGCCUCAGCGCCUGAUGAGCUCAGCAAAAUCGACCUCGUCGGGGAGCUGUUCGAGCUGAAUUACAAAGCCCUUAGUGAGCUCAACAAUCCGGUGCAGGAUGCCCCGGAAGCCUUGUGGGAGCUUUUCGCGAAGGCCAAGAACUUCGUGCCGGCAGAGUUGCACGCAUGCACACCAAUCGAGUUCAAGGCUACUGCGGGACUGCGCAUGCUGGGGUUGGAGAAAGCCACAGAGAUUCUUGCUGAGAUUCGUGCUCGCUACCGCAAGGAAACGUUCUGGCUGCGCGGCAGCGCGCCAGUCCGCAUCUUGGAUUCCCACGAGGAGGGCCUGAUGGCGUGGCUGACGGUGAACUUUUUACUAGGGACAUUUGCCAGGAACACUGAGGCAACAGCCUCGACGGCGGCUAUCAUUGACAUCGGUGGCGGCUCCACGCAGAUCGUCUUCGAGCCUGGUGAAGACACGUUCUACAAAAUGCGCGCAGACGUGCGUGGCUCGGCAACGUUGGGCGGCCGGUCGGUGAAAGUGUAUCAGCACAGCUACGAAGGCUACGGUCUGCACGCAGCCACCAAGGCGCUGCUUUUUCAUAUUCAAGGCAAGCGCCAAGAGAGGCCGGGCGGCGGCUCCGCUACCCGCGCCACGACGACGGCACGGACCAGCGGCGAUGACAGCACCCCAUCCGUCGGGAAUGGUGUCCGCAACGUGAGCGCCAAUGACAGCAAAGACGAAGAAGACGAAAACAUGAUCACCGACACAGCGCCGCCGAAAACUCUACCGUGGCUACAGUUGGAUACGGAGGCGGUGGACGCAUUCCCCUGCUUCGCUGUCGGCUACGAGGACCAGCUCGGGGUGCGGAACACUAAGAGAAACGACGCCGGAGAACCCGCUAGGCACCCUGACUUCCAGGCUUGCGCGAACCUUUUCCGCGACCGGUUGCUGAAACCGGUGGGGCUGACAUGCGAGGAGGUCAACUGCGGCGUCGCGGGUGUCUUCCAGCCGCCGCUGGCCAACUUCACCGGUGACAUCUACGCGUUUUCAUUUCUUUUUGAUCUUCUGGCCAUGGCGAACAACUCUCUAGCGCCAGUGGGGGCUGCAGUAUCGAACGAUAAGUUCGAGGUGAAGCUGCCUGACCUGGCAAAGAUUGGGGAGCGUCACUGCGCGGCCUUCUCCCUCACCCGGAUUGCCGAGGCGACCGCAAAGGGCGGCCUCGGUAGUCUGAAGCCAGAGUACGAGUGCAUGUAUUACUCCUACACGUACGCGCUGCUCCGAUAUGGGUACGAGGUGCCGGAGGGCCGCGUGCUGCACGUGGCAAAGAAGAUCAGCGGCUACGAGACCGCCUGGCCCUUGGGUGCCUCACUCAUCUCUGUCACCUAA